CGGAGGUGGGCUAGGGAGCAGGAGGCAGCCACGCGGCAGAGCUCAGGUGGCCACGGCAGCAGCUGAGGCCUCAGAGCCCAGCCAGUCCCCUCCUGGCCGGACCACCGAAGCCUAGUGAAGAAAACUGAAAGUCCGGUUUAUUGGAUUUCAGUCCUAUGUCAUAACAGACAGAAAUCCUCCACUUGUUCAUCAAGAUGGAAAACUCAGAUUCUAGUGAUAAAAGAAAUGACCAAUCUGCAGCACAGCGCAGAAGGCAAUUGAUUCGAUUGAAUCGGGAAGAAGCUUUCUAUCGAUUUGUAAAUAAUCUGAGCGGAGAAGACUAUCGACUUAUGAGAGACAACAAUUUGCUAGGCACCCCGGGUCAAACUACUGAGGAGGAGUUGCUCAGAAGACUACAGCAAAUCAAAGAGGGGCCGCCCCCGCCACAGAGCUCAGAUGAAAAUAGACCUGGAGAUGACAUGUCCAAUGGUGACUCCAUAAUUGAUUGGCCUAACUCUGUCCGACAGACUGUCAAUACAACAGGAAGUGGUCAGAGAGGAAAUCAGUCCUGGAGGGCAGUGGACCACACUAAUUCACACACUGGUGAUCUCAGAUUCAGUUUAGAGACACGUGUGAACCGUAAUAAUGGAAGACAAACCCCAGAGAACGGAAAUGAACCGUCUGCUACAGAUCUUAGUGCAGAAAACAUGGACAGCAGCAGCCAAAGGCCAAUGGAAAAUUCAGCAUCUGAGACAUCAUCUGCCAGACCAUCUAGGUCAGAACGCAGUUCUGCUGAAGCAUUAACAGAAGUGCCAUCCACCAGAGGUCGAAGCAGGGCAAGAAGCCGCAAACCAGAACACGGGAGAAGACCCAGAGCCAGAGCUGAAAGAAGUAGGUCUCCUCUGCACACAGCAAAUGAAAUUCCACGAAGAUCUCAUCGUAGAGUCUCAUCUCAUACCUUUGUGCACCCUUUGGUAAAUGAGAUCGAGGGAAGUUCUAGAACCCCUCGCCAUGGGACUUUGAGACAGCAGAUAACUGGACCUGAGUUGCUAGGUAGAGGUCUUUUGGCGGCUUCUGGGUCAAGAAAUUCUGCCGCUCAAGGGUCAAGUUCUUCAGACAUGGGUACCAAUGGUGGAGCGGCAGGAUCUGGUCAAAGACCUCCAACCACAGACCUUCAAGUCAGAAGAGUUCUGCAGGGAGAAUACCACCAGAGAGAUAGCGUAGCUAGCAGAACUCGGUCAAGGUCCCAGGCCCCAAACACCGUGGUCCUUUAUGAUAGUGGUCGUGGAGGUUUUAUAGGCACCUUAACAUUUUUUGAACCUGCAGAUGGGAGCACCUUUGUGAAUACUAACAGGUCUUCCACUCUUACACUCUUCGAUACUGGAUCAAGGGAAACUGCACCUGUUCCUUUUCAAACCCCAUCAAGGCAGAGAACGACAGGUUUUGGUGAGUUUCCACGGAGUGGAAGAGGGCGCUCUGGUCAGAACAGCUCUGCUGCUGGCUCCAGCUCCAACCCCGGCUUCAGUUCCAAUCGUGAAAGUUCACAAAGAAGCUCAAGGGUGUAUGAAACCCUACUUUACCCUUUUAAUGACAACCACCAAACUAGAGGACUCACCAAAGAACAGAUUGCUAACUUAGCAAUGAGAAGUUUUGGUGAAAAUGACGCAUUGAAGACAUGUACUAUUUGCAUUACGGAAUACAUGGUAGGCAACAAAAUUCGUAAGCUACCUUGCUCCCAUGAGUACCACGCCCACUGCAUCGACCGCUGGUUAUCAGAAAAUACCACCUGUCCCAUUUGUCGCAGGGCUGUCUUAUCUUCUGGGAACAGAGAAAGGGUUGUGUAAUGAGAACAGAACUCUCGAAGCUGUGUAGCUGGAAUAGUGACGGGCAAAGAGAAAUCGUUUGCUUUGUGUCCAUGUUUUUUGAGUGGUGCUUAAAUAUAAAGUCACAACCUGAAUCGA